AUGAGAGACUUUUCAAGAGAAAAGAACAAGGUUACGACCAACAGCGUUCCACAUUCUCGAAAACCAUUCAGUCUUCUCUCUUCUCAGGUUUACCCGUCCGAUGAGACAGAAUCGUUUGAUCGUUAUGGAAGACGACGAAGAAAAACGUCAAUCAUUGAAAAGCCAAAGCGCUAUUCUGUUGACAUCCUGGGCUUCGACUCAACUUCGCGAACAAUGUUCAUGAGGCAUAUGCCUCGAACAUUAGAUUUGAUGGAUAAACUUGGCUACGAGAUUUUAUAUGGAUACAAUAAGGUUGGAGACAACUCAAUGGUGAAUCUGUUGCCGAUACUCGCCGGUGAUAUUCAAGAAGCUCUGGAUGAGCCGAUGAAUGACACGAGUGGUGACGUCAACACCCAGUGGAUAUUGCCAACUGAAAAGAAAUUGAAUCCAUCACAUAUAUUGUUUUUAUGGAAAAUAAUGCGAGAAAAAUUUGGCUGCCGAACAAUGUUCAAUGAUGAUAUUGCCGUUAAAGAACGUGGUCUGUUCCACUAUCCCGACAAAGAAUUUCUACGGGGCUUCACAUCUCAACCGACUGACCAUUACUACCGAGCUUACUACAUUGCUGUUUUCAAG